AUGGAGUCGACCGGAAUCACCGAGUCCCGAGACCUGCCAUCGUGCGCCGGUUGUCGGGCACGCAAGCUCAAAUGCUCGCGCGAAAUACCAUCGUGCACCAAUUGCCAAAGACUCGAUUUAUCAUGCAUCUACGAUUCUCUGAAGAAUAAACCGGGGUUGAAACGUGGGACCGUUGAGAAGCUCACAAAACGUAUCGAUUCUCUCGAGCGCCAAAUACUGGAUCGGGAUGACCCCCUGCCGAAUGAAACCCUUGAACAAACGACCGCAAAGGCUGUCGCAGUUGAGCGUUCUGACAGUGACACAUCGGCAUUCACUGCACUUACAUUGGAGACCAAGAUACUGUCUUCUACAAUCUCAGAGUUGUCCCGGACCAUAUCUGUUCUCACCGAAGCUUCAAGAGCAAAGACAUCAUCACCAGCUGAGCCUGAGACCAGGAGCGCCAAGCGACAAAAAGUCGAUGACUCCUCAGCAAUCGUUCCUGGAGGAUCGGCAACUCGCGCAUUGACCAUCACUCUAGGCUCACAAGAAGAUGUCGAAAGCCUCCUUGAGACAUAUUUUGCCAACCUCCAUCCAUGGAUUCCAAUGAUUCAUGGUUCAUUGUUUCGAAAUAAUGUUACAGAUAAAGAUGGCGAGCUCGACAAUGAACUUGUGUUGCAUGCGAUAUUGAUAGGAGCUUCACGCUAUAACGAUCAGCGGAAGACCCCUGUCGAUAUAUCGAUAGAGAGCUUUCAGACAUCUUGUGAUCAUAUCCUGCUGACAGCGAAUCAAAGUCUACGAGUUAAAAACCUGCAAGCACUCAUAAUUCUGGCCUUUAAAUACUUGGGCGACGGUGAUCUCACAAGAGCGUGGCCAAUUGUUGCUGCCCUGACGAGAAUGGCAGAGUUUCUCGGCAUUUGCGUGGAACAAUCUGAGGUAGGAGCCCAUGCAGAGUCCUUCUUCACCCCCCAUCCGCAGGCUCUGCCACAAAACUGGGCAGAAGAAGAGGAGAUCCGGCGCGUUUUUUGGAACAUCUUUAUUCUUGACAGAAUAUGCUCUAUUACCACAGGCUGGAAAGUGGCUCUGACAGCGGACAACUCAAGUCGUAGAUUACCCGUCUGUGGCACUUUUUGGAAUGAGAAUGCCCCUCGGGUGACUCCAUACUUUAGUAUCUGGGACAAGUCUGCCACCAAAAUUUCCAACUCGGUGGCGUUCCUCCCUGCACAUUCUGUGAGCCCGAAGCAGCCAACUGAUCCUUCAAAUGAUGGAGAAGAUGUUUCUCCAGGCGAGGCCAGCCAUUCGACACCAUAUCUGAAUACUAGCAAUACGGGCGCUUUUGCAUACUUUGUAGAGUCCCUCGAAUCACUCUAUCAGGUCAAUGAAUACUUCCUCCGGCAGAGGGUCAACUUUGAUAACCGCCAAGAAGUAUUUAGCUGGUUGACACGAUUCAAAGAGCUUGACUUCCGCCUGGUCCAAUGGAAAACACUCCUCCCCCCAAAAUGGAAAGAUCCGAACGUCCCGCCGCCCGAAACUGCCAAUAUACUGGAUCCGAACAUGUCAUUGGCACAUGUCACACAUAAUACAUCCAUGAUUAUGUUGCAUCAGAAAAUCGGCUAUCCAGACUCGAAGUUGAAGGGUAUUCCACUACCCAAUUUCUAUAGCGCCGAAACCUGUCAUUCUGCAGCGGUCGAGACAUCCAAUAUCACGCGAAACUAUCUAAGACAUUCCUCCACUUGCCGACCCUUGUCUCCCCAUUGGGCAUUCUGCGUUUUUGCAAGUGCCAAGAUCCUACUUGUUCAUCACAGGCACUAUUCUCAAGAUCUCAGCCCACAUUUUUGGUCUCUGGUUCAAUGUUUACAAGAGAUGACACAGAGAUGGAUCGGCAAUAGUAGGGUCGAACCGACAUCGUCUCUUCCUGGCCAGCUACUUGGAAAACUUCAAUCACUCCAUGCCGACCCGACUUCAACUUCCGCAUUUAUCAGCCGAAUCUACGAUGACUCAUUGCAUUCACCACAUGUCAGUGACAGCCAUGAGGCCGAGCAUCUCUCUCCCCGAAGCCGUCUGUUUGUGACGCGACAAAGUAAGCCCGGCCAAUUUGCCUCACUCGUUGAACCAUUAGUGAAUCUAAGCGGACAUAUCUCUGAACAACCAGGUGUUGAGCGGCCAGGACCUGAUUGGCUAUCCCCAUCACAAGUUCCAGACUGCAGAAUGUCCACGGCAUCUGGAGGCACCGAUGAAUUAUCAAGUAUCAUAAAGAGCUUUUCUGGAGAGCAAUUUACAGGGAUGGACCGUAUCAUCAAUUUCGAUGACCUUAAUUUUGAAGGCAUCUGUGAUAUAGAUCCCGUUGGUCAGGGAAUUACUCAACCAGUGUGGAACUUUGGUUCAGAUCAAUGGCCUGGUCCCGAGAUGUAA